AUGUCAAGAGUCGUUAAGCUCAAACAUGUCAAACGUGAGAUUGAAUUAGAUGAUUUCAGUCAGCCCACAGACAACCAAGAGAUUGUCAAAAUUAUUAGUUCAAAAGGAAACAAUUUACAUGAAGUUGAAUCGGCUCUUGGAAUGAAUAAAUUCUUAGUAUCAAUGCCUACAAAAUUUCGAAAAAAUGUUUGGAUAAAAAGAGGAAAUUUCGUGAUCGUUGAGCGCAUUCCGGAAGGUGAUAAAGUAAAAGCUGAAAUCGUUAGAAUACUUACCGACGAACAUAUAAAGGAAUUCACAAAGGAUGGAAUUUGGCCGAAAGAAUUCACAAAGAAAAGAUGUCACGAAGAAAGUGAUGACGAUCUUGACAACUUCAAAGGAAAUUUAAAUCGAAAGACUCUUGAUGUGUCUGAAGAAGAAAGCUCAUCAUCAGAAAGUGAAUAA